GGGGUAAUGAAUAUGGAAACAAUAUAUUUUGUAUGUCAUUGAAACAAUUAGUCAUAUUGAGCAGUUGCUCUCACUCGUCAGGUUUGUUACUGUGCCCUUAUUCCAAGCCAUGUGGCUGCUUGCUGAUUUUGUGGGAGAAUUAUGAUCAACGAAUGUUGAGCCCAACAAACCGAUUCCAAAGAAAGACAGUUUUUGGGGGAGUGGUAUUUGUGCAUGGUAUACUGUGCAUUUUCAUUGCAAUUGAAAGACAGAAGAUUGGGAAAAGCAAGCAUGCAAGAGAACAAUGUGAACCAGCCUACAUCAUUGUCUCAGCUCUUGAGAGAGAACUACUUGGCCGAAGCGAGGUCACACCAGAGACACAGCGGCAUGAGCCGUUCCGACUCCUUGCGGCACCUGGUCUACGUGCCCCUCAAAGGCAAGGCGGAGGACUCCGCGGGGCAGGACAAGCCCCAACCCCAGUUCCCAGACCUCUCAGCCUUCCUGAGCCAGGAAGAACUGGAUAAGAGUGUCAACCUGGCCUGUCAGGCUAUCGGACACGAGGCCUGCGAGGAGAGGACAGAGUUCAAGGUCCCGGUCACCCCUUCUGUCACCUCCACUGCAUCCAACACUCCCGACACCCAGCCUGACCUGGAAUUAAAAGAACCCCUACCAACACAUGUGACAUUCUUCGCAGAGAGACGGUCAUUCUCACCUCUGUCCAUACCGGACAAUGUGAUAAGGAUAGACAAACAGAUAUAUCAGCCAUCCCAACUGUCCAUUCAGGACAACGCAAUAAGGACCGACAGACAGAAAUAUCCACUGUCCCAACCAUCCAUCCAGGACAACGACACGAGGACAGACAGAGAGUUGUACCCACCGUCCAUCCAGGACAACGACACAAGGACUGACAGAGAGUUGUACCCACCGUCCAUCCAGGACAAUGGAAUGAGGACAGACAGACAGACGUUCCCACCGUCCAUCAUCCAGGACAUUACAAUGAACAACUGGGUGGCCAGGGAGGCUUUUGAGGACUUUAAGAGGCCAGGGGCUAGGGGGAUGAACACUCCAGAGUACGGCCUGGGGACCCAGUCCAAGAAGGAGUUCCUCAACAAGGCAGCAGACUUCAUCGAGGAGCUCUCCUCUCUGUUCAAGACUAACAGCUCUAAAAGGAUACAGCCCAGAUCAUGCAAAACUCAUAGGAGCAGAGCCAACAAGGGUCAAGUGGAUGGGAGUGUUUACUCCCUGAAUGCAGACAACAGGGAACGAACCAUUCUUCUCCAAGACUUCGAAACGGAAAUGGAGAGACCUACUAAUCCUUUCAGCAUUCAGCCAUCAGAAGUCCAGGGUUUGGGCAUGGAUCCAGGGUUUGGGCAUGCUUACUUCCCCAUGCAGGACUGGAGGACUACUGAGGAGCAGUAUGAUGAAGCUGAAAGCCCUGCCCUGGUGGAGAUCACCCCCGGGGUGUACACAGCCGACCCCAUCUGUGAGCCCCCUCACUUCAUCCAAAAACUGAAAGGCAGGGAGGUGCUGGAGGGCAGCAAGGUACAGCUGGACUGCAUUGUUCGAGGACUCCCCAUGCCCGAAGUCCGGUGGUUUUGUGAGGGGAAGGAGCUGGAGAACUGCCCUGACAUUCAGAUCAUCAACAACGGCGAGUUGCACUCUCUGACCAUUGCCGAGGCAUUCGAGGAAGACACAGGGCGGUACUCUUGCUUUGCAUCCAACUUUUACGGCACAGGCUCUACGUCGGCCGAAAUCUACGUCGAAGGUGCCUCCUCAACAGAUUCGGAGGGGGAACAACAUUCUGAACUUGCACAACUACAGAGGACCCGAGCUCAGCCGGGUGCCCAAUCUUUACCUCCAGUGGUCAGUGUUGUGUCUCUGUGUGUGGAUGACGCAACCAUCUGCACUGAAGAACAGCCACAGGAGGCCACCUCACUGCCUUCUAGCCAGGUAGUCACUGCAUCUGUACCUGUCCAGGUAACUACUAAUGUCCUUCCUGUUACGGAGGUGACAACAGCACCAUCCACCCAGGUGGCGUUUACAUUGGUCCCUGCCCAGGAGAUGUCAGCACAGUUACCUGUCCAGGUAGUUUCUACUCUAGAGCUACCACCUGUGGACACAGCGUCAGUUCUGUCACUGCCAACACCGCCACCUGUCCCAGUGACGUCCACACCAUUACCGACACAGACAGUGUCUACCACGGCACUACCGCUGACCCAGGUGGUCUCCUCUACACUGCCUGCCCAGGUUGCUGCGGUACAGACGACUCUAGCUGAGAACCUAAAUGGAGACAGCUAUACUCUAAGUCCAGACAUCUAUCCUCAAGGUCUAGACGGGAGGCCUAUUAUGGCUGCCCCUGUUUUCACAAAGAGUCUGCAGGACCUGUUGGCAUCGGAGAGCGAGCUGGUGGUGCUAGAGUGCCGUGUUAAAGGAGUCCCCUCCCCCAAGGUGGACUGGUACAGAGAAGGAACUGUCAUGGAGGACUCCCCUGACUUCAGGAUCCUGCAGAAGAAGCCUCGAUCCAUGGAUGAAUCAGAGGAAAUAUGCACUUUGGUCAUUGCUGAAGUCUUCCCUGAAGAUUCUGGAAAAUUCACUUGCACUGCAAGCAACAAAUAUGGAACUGUAUCCAGUAUCGCUGCACUAAGGGUGAAAGGAAAUGAAAACACCAACAACAACCACGUGAAAACUCUCGUAGGCACUUUAACAAUGGAGUCCACACAAGUUCCAGAGCCUUCUUCAUCAGAUCUCACUCUGCCCAGACUAAAGCCUCAAGCUGAGGCUCUUGUCACCAACAGCAUCAAGCCUCACUCCAGCACCAUCCGCCUGGAUCCCUUCAGCUCCAGCAAUUUACGACUGGAACCUGUGAGCACCAGUACCCUCCGUCUAGACCCUCUGAGCUCCAGCAUGCUGCGCCAGGUGCCUAUCAGCCUCAGCAUGCCCAGCCUGGAUCCACUAAGCCUGGGCAGCAGCCUCCGUAUAGGCACCCGUAGCUCCAGCGGGCUAUGCCCGGAGCCCCAGAGCAGUGGUGAGAUGCCCAAGACUGACCAGGGAGACUCCAGAGCCUUUUCAGUGUUACUUGACCCUCCCGUUGGUCUUUGGCCUAAGGUGGAAGGGACUCCUAUCCAUAAACCUGAGCCCCCUCCCCAUGUAAACCUCCCUGAUCCCCCCAACUCCUCCUGCCUUAAGCCUGGGGUUCUGGUUAACCACAACGGGCCCAGGUCCAGAUCCAGGGCAGGACUCCGUGUGCACUUUAAACUGCCUGAGGAUGAAACGGAAAACCAGAGUGAAGCAUCCAAUAGCCAUUCAUAUGAAGAUAUGUCGCAGUUGGCCAAUAAGGAACCACCUCCAGUACUGGCCAAGCCCAAACUAGAUCCUGUCCAGCUGCAGCUUCUGCACAACCAGGUGCUUAUGGAGCAGCAGCAGACUGAGACUGAGCCAAACGGAGCCACCAAGAGCCAACCGGAGGCAUCUGCUUGGCCAGCCCAGACACACCACGAGUCCCAGGCACAGACCCAAGCCCAGUCUCAGUCAAACCUGCCCUGUUCAUCUACCCCCAUGCUCCUGCAGACCACCCACGCCGCACCCAUACUGACCACAGCCCCAACACCCUUUCUCAACUCCGCCCCUGUGACAAGCUUGAACACUACCCCUACACCCCAGCUAAACACUAGUCCCCCUGCCCACCUGCUAAACAUUGCAUCUGCACCACUACUGAACCCAUACACCACCCAUUCCUAUUCUACUUCUUCACCCCUGCUAAACACAAGCCCUGUACCACCAAAGAACACUACCUCUGCAACGCUACUGAACACAGCCCCUCCUGCACCAGUUAUGGGUACCCUGCCGUCCCUUCCUCAAUUGAAGACAGCUCCUUCUUGUAUGAGCUCCCCUCCAUCUGCCUCUCUGCUGAGAACUGUUCCUGCACCACACCUGUACACCAGCCCUGCAUCCCCACCCUAUAUGACCCAGCAAAACACCACCCAUUCUUCCCAGCUGAAUUUAACCCACUCAUCCCUGCCUAAAGCCAUUCACGUACCCAAGUUUAGCACACCUCCCACACCUCAUCUGAAUACAGCCCCCACAGCGUCUCUCAACUCCAUCCCUGCAGCUUUCAACAAGGCCCCCACAACCAUGCAGAACACCUCCCCCACUCCCCUGCUCAGAACAACCCACGCCUCCCUCCUCAACCUGGCUCCUACGUCACAGAGCUUCAACUACGCUAGGCCAAAGGAGUUCAUCACUGCCCAGACUCCCCUCUCUCCAUUUAGGAGUCCCUCUCCUACAGAGUCCCCCGUUCCGUUGCUCCACAAGCUGGCUGCCGAGCUCAACUCCUCCAACCCCAACCAGUUCUCUCCGCAACCCAGAGUCUUACCCACCAGAGUCCUCAAGUCACCCACCAGCCCCCCUUCCUUCAUGUCCUCCCCCACCUCCCUGACCAUGUUGCCUGCUGCCUACCUAAACUCUGUGUUCGCCCUGCCACAGCAGUCACCCCCGCAGGCAGCGUCCCCGACCUCCAGUACCUCCAGCCCCAUCCAGAACCAUGUGGCCUUCCUCAGCUCUGUCCUGCCCUCUCUACACACCACACAAGCCACCAACUCUAUGGGCCUGCCCAGGAGUGCUCAUAGGCCACCUCAAGGCAUACUGAAGAAGUUGCCUACAAGCACUCGUCCUAUUUUAGAUGAUGAUAUUCGUAGCAGCCAACAAACUCUCCUCCACGAUAUUGAGAAAAAGCUUAGGUUCAAUGAAGAUUUAAUGCGUGGUCAUGUACAACAGAAGCCGACUACUUAUGAGGGGAAAACAGCGAGCAGACACCUCGGACCAAACAUUCCCGCCACUGUCUUUAACUAUGACGAGGAGUACAAAGUGUCCAACUUUGAGCAGAGGCUGAUGAGUGAGAUAGAGUUCCGUCUGGAGCGCACGCCAGUCGAGGAGUCAGAUGACGAGGUACAACAUGAUGAGAUCCCAACAGGGAAGUGCAUCGCUCCCAUGUUUGGCAAAAAACUGAAGAACUUCAGGGCCAUGGAGGGUGUGCCUAUGACGUUCUCCUGUAAAGUGGUGGGGAUCCCUGUACCUAAGGUUUACUGGUUCAAGGAUGGCAAGCAGAUCUUGAGAAAAAAUUAUCAUUAUAAGAAGAUACGAGAGGGGGACGGAACUUGUGCCCUACACAUAGAGGUCACCAAUAACGACGAUGAUGGCAACUACACUGUCCUGGCAGCUAACCCCCAGGGACGAAUCAGCUGCUCCGGUCAUUUGAUCAUCCAAACAGGUCCUCUCCGAAACCGAAUGACACCUAUGAUUCACUCUCAGAGGGUGCAAGCCCGCAUACAGGAAGUGGAAGAGGGUGAACUAACCCAGGAACGCUUCUUUCAACCUCACUUCCUCCAGGCUCCAGGGGACAUGGUGGCUCAUGAGGGCAGAGUCUGUAGAUUAGACUGCAAGGUUAGUGGCCUUCCAAACCCAGAGCUGAUGUGGCUGAUCAACGGGAGGCCCAUCUACCCAAACUUCUACCACCGGAUGCUGGUGAGGGAGAAUGGAAUCCAUUCCCUUGUCAUAGACCCUCUAAAACAGGACGACGCUGGGACAUACACUUGCAUUGCCAGCAACAAAGCAGGACAGAGCUCCUUCGGUCUAGAGUUAAGAGUUGUGGAAAAAGAGAUGAAGCAGGUCCCCCAGUUUGUGGAGAAGCUCCAGAACACAGGCAUCGCAGAGGGCACCCCCGUCCGACUGGAGUGCAGGGUGCUGGGCAUGCCUCCACCUGUCAUCUACUGGAAGAAAGACAAUGACACCAUUCCUCACACCAAGGCCAGAGUCAGCUUACACCAGGAUGCCACUGGAUAUGUUUUCCUCCUGAUUCAGCCAACCAGGAAAGAGGAUGCUGGUUGGUACACCGUAUCAGCAAAGAAUGAGGCUGGAAUUGUUUCAUGCACAGCGAGACUAGACAUCUAUGCCCAGUGGCAUCAACACGAUCCUCUGCCUAUGAAGAAGGCUCUGUGGUAAGGCAGUCGCUAUGCAGCACUGACUGGCCAAGGCCUAGACAUCAAGUCUGCCUUUCCCACGACGGACAACAGCCCCAUCCUGUUCUCCAGUUCACCUAUGGAGACACAGUUGGAGAGCGAUGAGCUGUGAGGAGCUAGCUGUGUAAGAAGCAGACACACUCUGCCACAGGGUUGUAAAGUCUGUAAACUUCCCCAUAAUGCACAGGUUUUUCUGAAAUUCUAGUUGAAAGUUUUGGAAAAUGUAUGGAAUUUUGCCAACUUACUUCACCAGCAACCUAAUCACCACUGGCCCUUUGAACCUACAAACUACUCUUCUCUAGAGUCUCGUAGGGCCGGUUUCCCAGACACAGAUUCAGCCAAGUACUGAACUAAAAAGCAUGCCCAAAUAGAGACUCUCCAUUGAAAUGGUCUAAUCUACUAGUCAAUCUAAUCUGUGGUGGCUAGUAGGAUUAAGAGAUGGAAGAGCAGACCUAUGUGAUACAUUUGAAGUGAUACAUUAAAGUUAGAAUGACAAAAACGGUUAGAUUUUAAACUGUCAACCUAAUGCUGUGUUUGCUUGUCCGCCAUUCCUAUUGAAUUGUAUCAUUUCAAGCAUCUGAUUCACAAAAAACAGACACACUCGCCAAGUCUUAGUUCACGUGCCACCAAGUCAACUAUAAUCUUCCAAUAGAUCAGAUUUAUUAUUUUAUUUAUUUUUGAUUAGUUAAAUUGACAUGGCGGCGGAUGGACUAACGGUUAGAGCGUUGAGCCAGUAGCUAAAAUGUUGCUAGUUCGAAUCCUCAAGCCAACAAGGUGAGAUAUCUGCAAUGUGCCCUUGAGCAAGGCACUUAACCCUAAUUGCUCCAGCAACAAGGUGAUAAUGGCAGACCUGGCCAUGACCCCACUCUCUGAGGGUGUCUCAGGGAGAGUUGGGAUGUACAAAAAAACACAUUUCCAAUUCACACAUGCGUAUUAGUACACACUUGUACAUGUGUUAAAUAGGAUAAAUAUAAUAUAACUUCUGACUCACUGGAAUUGUGAUACAGUGCAUUAUAAUUGAAAUAAUCUGUCUGUAAACAAUUGUUGGAAAAAUGACUUGUCAUGCACAAAGUAGAUGUCCUAACCGACUUGCCAAAACUAUA